GCAGGUCACACUGUGGACGGCGAACCACCUCCUAUCCUAUCCUACAAUUUAGUUGCUAGGAUGAUGAUUGGACUUCGACUUUGCACCUCCACCAUAAUUCUCGGUCUCCACACGAAGAAGAAAUCAUCGCCGGAACACAAUUAAAACUGAGGGAUUAGAUUGCUCCGAGUCGGAUCGAAGCUUUGAGAGAUGGUCCUUAGAUAAUUAGCACCCUUCCCCAUGACCACGGCUAAAAAAACAGGAUACAGCUGACCCCUACUAGAUGUCAGUACAACCUACAUAUUACAUGGUGCUUUUUUCCCAAAAAAAAAUUAGAGAGCCAAAGAUCUUCUACAUGCACUAAUGCUUGUCAGGAGCAUCGUUGUAAGGAAGAAGCCAACACUAAGCGAAACAUAGUUCAAAAACGUAAGCAUUUACGUGCAACAAGGACCAAAAGCGACGACCGUAUAACAACCCUUGUAUACGGCAUACUGCUUACUUUUUACCACCCAAUACCAAUAUUAGGCAAAAACACAAAACCAUGGAGCCUCUCCCGCCUCCCUGGCAUGAUGACAGGGAGGAGCCUCUUGUCGGAGCCGGAACUAGUGGCGAUGAUGAGGUCUUCCGCAGUGAGAGUAGUGCUUUUUGUUAAGUCUAGUUUUUCACUAUCACCCACGCGAAUCACGCCGAGUGGCGCCCCCCUUGAUUUACAAGGUAAGAUGAGGGGAAGGGGAAACUCACUCAACCACGCAUAGUGAAAAGCUGGCGCUAAUUUUGCAUAGCAGAAACACAGUUGGUCUGGUCCACGGUGCAAACUCGGGUUUUGGACGUCGAGUUUCUGGAAUUACAGAAGCUCCUUGGUCAAGAAGCAAAGCAGAAGAAGCUUCCAGCGCAAAAUAAGGCCUUGUUGAGGGAGUUGCAUUGCUUGCGGGAAAUUUUAUCGGAAUUCCGCGAUCAGAAUGACUCCCUCUUACAAGCGAAGGAGCAAGAGGCGAAAACGAAGAAGAGCUUGUUGGAUACACCGCAGAGAGGGUUGGUGACGGAUAGGUAUAGUUUUUGAUUUAAGUACAACCUCCUUUGUGAUUUUGAGAUGGUACUUGUCAGCCGCGCAUUAUCACCCUCCCUCCAAUUCGAUGCCAGGUGCCGCAAUCUUCUCGACGAACUCGGGAGUAUUGCGACUACUCAUGGCGUCCCUCUCGCUUCUGUGCUGCCUCAGAAGGAUCCAGUAGCUUUGCGGUAUGUGAUGAAUCACUCCGACAUCGAAAAUGAGAAGAGUUCUCGUCCAAGUACUGCCAGACCAACCACAGGAUCUUCCAGUGGGGCUAGGUCAUCAGCAUCAUCAUCAAGGAGAAUGACUGCUGUUGUAGCGAAUAACAAGAGCAGUGCAGUGAAGAAUUUAGCAGUAGCAGGAAGUUUUGGCGGAACAACAAUGAGUGCAGCUUCUUCUAGUGGAGGAGGAAGUUUUGCAGUUGGUGCAUCAGGGAACUCCACUACAGCAAGGGAGCCACACCAGAAGGAUGGAAUCAGUUGUAGUGAUACAGGACAAACACAAAGUACUACUCCGAGAAGGAAAGAGGAUGGUCAUCGAUCACUAGAGGAAGACCCAAAUCCCCAUCAUAGACCACCAGAUGGUACUAGUUGUAGUGCUAGAAGAACUACUUCUUCUAGUCAAGAAGAUCCACAUCUUCUUCCACCCGAUGCAGUGAAAAUAGGUCGUGACAAACUGAGUAAUAAUUAUAGCUCAUGCAGCUCUUCAACCUCUUGUUCCACGUCCUGUGCGGAUGAUACAGAAGCGGCUAGUGAACUAGACUCCGCAUCUUGUGCAGAGUCGCACAAUUCUGUCGCUAUGAUGCCUAGUUCAUCUGGAGACAGUAGUGAGUUAGACUCCUUCCGCCCAGCUAGUGGCGCGUCCACGCGACCUAGCACCGGAAUGUUUGCCUCACCUGGAAGAGGAUCGAUCGGAGGAGGAGGAGGAGGAGCGUGCGGAGGAGGGUCGACCUCCAGUGGUGGAUCCGCAUCAAGCAGUGGCGGGAAGAUAUUUGAUGCGGUGAAUGAAAAAACUAGUUGUAGUACUAGUGCUACUUGUACUAGUACUAGUUGUACGAGGGCUUCUUGUACUAGUGCUACUACCGAUGUGAAUGCUACCACUUCUCCCACUACUGCUGCUACCACAUCUGAAGCAGGCAUGCCUUCAUCUGCAAGUCCUGCAUCUGAAGCAGGCACUGGUAGCAGCUCUGCAUCAUCAUCUUCUAUAAAUCGAUUUUCCAAAUGCCAGUUGCGAGAACUAGCAGUGAGUGUACGGCAAGCGUUGAGGCAGGAGCAUCGAGAAUUGCUGGACGCGGUGAACAGUAUGCAGAAGCAGUUAGAAGACGAGCUGUCGUUUCGGGAUGACACAGUGAAGCGGCUCAGGGCACACGACUCGGUCACGCUUGUAACGACGGAAAGGCUGCAGGUACAGUAUUCUAGUAUUUGAACUGCAAAUAGGUUAUUUGUAUGUAGUGUGAUUGAUGGCUCAAUCUGGUGCACAAAGACGUGAUAACGAUCCCUAUCACCCAAGAGACUAACGUCAAUCACUUCUAGUACUCUUUUCGCCCAUCAACAUCUCAACCUAUGUAUAAAUCCGAAUACAGGACUUCAGCAGUUCCCUUGAAGAAGCUGUCCGACUCGGGCAUUUGGAGAGUCCUGUUUUUCUAGGCUUGCAAAAGCAGUCUUCGAGUCAAAGGCUGAGGUCUCUGGUCCAGGGCUUCCGACAGGCUGCAGGAAGUUGUGCAAAUUUGUUUACGGGGUCUCCUAAGAACAGAAAGGCAGCACUAGCAGGCGGUGGGGAUAGUGCGUCGAGUGCACCGCUGAGUGGGAGCAGUAGGCAUAGCCAUAGUAAUGCUGCAAGCCCAAGUAGAAAGGGUCAAGAUGCUGAUCCAAAACAAGGUCACACUGGCGAUGGUACUGCUAGUAGUGCUACAACAAAACACAACCUUUCUACAACUGCCAACGCCAAAACAGCUACCGCAAGUAGUAGAAAAGACCCUGCACCAUCACCAGAUUCUUUGACAGAGAUUCUAGCCCGGUCAGCAGGAGUAGACCCAGGGAUGGAAAGUAUGUUUUUCGGCUAGUAUUGACUAGUAUUCAUUAUUAAAUACUCUUACUCUUUGAAAAAUGUCAAUUUGUUGCUCAUCUAUGAUGAAUGGUAUCUCUUGCUCUUGCUCACCUAUGAUGAAUGGUAUGAAUAUUGCUCACAAUUGCUCUGUAAUUACUCUUUGACUCGAUCUUCCGUACGCAUUUGGAGAUCCGAUUCAAGAACGCAAUAGAUGGAUCGUAUCCACUACAGUACGACUAACGCUUGACAAAGCCGUCGUUGUC